GCCCGGAAGCAGCCCAGCGUUCGUGGUCCCGCGCGUGCGCGGUGGCGGCCCGUGGCGGCCGGUCUCCCGGGGUGCAGUCGCGGGGAUCGCAGCGCGACCCGCCGGACCAUGUCCGCACAGGGAGACUGCGAGUUUCUGGUGCAGCGCGCGCGGGAGUUGGUGCAGCAGGACCUGUGGGCAGCCAAGGCGUGGCUCAUCACUGCGCGCAGCCUCUACCCCGCCGACUUCAACAUCCAGUAUGAGAUGUACACCAUCGAGCGCAACGCCGAGCGGACCAGCACCGCGGGGAGGCUGCUCUACGACAUGUUUGUGAAUUUCCCAGAUCAACCGGUGGUGUGGAGAGAAAUCAGCAUUAUUACAUCAGCUUUAAGGAAUGAUUCACAGGACAAACAAACCCAAUUUUUAAGAAGCUUGUUUGAGACUCUUCCUGGUCGGGUCCAGUGUGAAAUGCUGCUGAAGGUCACGGAACAGUGCUUUAACACGCUGGAGCGGUCGGAGAUGCUGCUGCUUCUGCUGAGGCGCUUCCCCGAGACAGUGGUGCAGCACGGGGUUGGCCUUGGGGAGGCACUGUUAGAUGCUGAAACAAUUGAAGAACAAGAGUCUCCAGUUAAUUGCUUUAGAAAAUUAUUUGUUUGUGAUGUCCUUCCUCUGAUAAUUAACAACCAUGAUGUUCGAUUGCCAGCCAAUCUACUAUAUAAGUACCUAAACAAGGCAGCUGAAUUUUACAUUAAUUAUGUUACUAGGUCUGCUCAGAUGGAGAGUCAGCAUCAAGGUACCCAAGAAACAUCUGAUUUAAUGUCACCUAGCAAACGCAGCUCACAAAAGUAUGUAAUAGAAGGGCUGUCAGAAAAAUCAUCCCAGAUUGUGGACCCAUGGGAGAAGUUGUUUAAAAUCUUAAACAUCGUUGGAAUGAGAUGUGAAUGGCAGAUGGAUAAAGGAAGACGAAGUUAUGGUGAUAUUUUGCAUAGAAUGAAGGAUCUCUGCAGAUACAUGAACAACUUUGAUAAUGAAGCUCAUGCAAAAUAUAAAAACCAAGUGGUUUACUCCACUAUGUUGGUCUUCUUUAAGAAUGCAUUCCAAUAUGUCAGCAGCAUUCAGCCCUCCCUCUUCCAAGGUCCUAAUGCCCCAAGCCAAGUUCCACUGGUUCUUCUUGAGGAUGUAUCCAAUGUGUAUGGUGACAUAGAAACUGAUCGGACUAAACAUAUACAUAAAAAGAGAAAGCUAGCUGAAGGAAGAGAAAAAACCAUGAGUUCGGAUGAUGAAGAGUGUUCAGCCAAAGGAAGGAACCGUCAUAUUGUUGUCGAUAAGGCAGAGCUGGCGAACUCUAUUGAAGUGUUAGAAAGUCUCAAGUUAGCCAGAGAGAGCUGGGAGCUGCUCUAUUCCUCAGAAUUCCUUGAUAAAGAAUUUACAAGAAUCUGCUUGGCUUGGAAGACAGACACUUGGCUUUGGUUGAGAAUCUUCCUCACUGACAUGAUCAUCUAUCAGGGUCAGUAUAAAAAGGCAGUAGCCAGCCUGCAUCGCUUAGUGGCUCUCCAGGGAUCUCUUCCUCAGCCCCAGAUGACAGGGCAGGGUACCUUGGAGCAUCAGAGAGCACUCAUCCAGCUGGCCACCUGCCACUUCGCCCUUGGGGAGUACCGAAUGACAUGUGAAAAAGUCCUUGAUUUGAUGUGCUACAUGAUACUCCCAAUUCAGGAUGGAGGCAAAUCUCAGGAAGAACCUUCAAAAAUAAAGCCCAAAUUUAGGAAAGGUUCAGAUCUGAAGCUUCUGCCUUGUACCAGCAAAGCUAUCAUGCCAUACUGCCUGCAUUUAAUGUUAGCUUGUUUUAAGCUCAGAGCCUUCACGGACAGCAGGGACGACAUGGCCCUGGGGCACGUCAUCGUCCUGCUGCAGCAGGAGUGGCCUCGGGGAGAGAAUCUCUUCUUGAAAGCCAUCAAUAAGAUUUGCCAACAAGGAAAUUUUCAGUAUGAAAACUUUUUCAACUAUGUUACAAAUAUUGACAUGCUGGAGGAAUUCGCCUACUUAAGGACUCAGGAAGGUGGAAAGAUUCAUCUGGAGCUGCUGCCCAACCAAGGGAUGCUCAUCAAGCCUUCUAGCCCUCCCACGGGGUUGCUGCGGCAGGAAUUCUUACCUGUGCUUCAGCCCAGCAUGCAGACUGCCGACAGGCACCACACGGUCACGCGGGGCAUCACCAAGGGCGUGAAGGAGGACUUCCGCCUGGCCAUGGAGCGCCAGGUGUCCCGCUGCGGGGAGAACCUGAUGGUGGUGCUGCACAGGUUCUGCAUCAAUGAGAAGAUCCUGCUGCUCCAGACACUGGCCUAGCGCUUCCCGCCAGCCCAGCACCCAGUGUCAGAGUCGGCGCCAGCAGGCCCUGGUGAACAUGCUUCCCGAGAAUCUGAAAAGCCAGUUCUAUUUUUAAGAGUCUUUUUCUUUUUGUAAUUUUUGUAAAAUAACCCAUUUUGUAAAUAAAAAUUAUCCUAAAUUGGGAAAUUUGAAACAUUUGUUUUAAUUCUUACAAAUGAACAGGGACACAUCUUCCUUUAGAAAGACCCCCUGAGAUAGAGAAUUGUCCAUAGUUUGGGAUAAAUAUCACAUGUCAACAUGAGACUAGACUUUUUCAUUUGAGAAAUUUCACUACAAAAAUACUGUUACGCCAAAGUGAACUUCCAGCAGGUGGACAUCUGCAGAACAGCCAGGAGUGAUGGCAGUGGGGGACUGGCCAGUGGGCGCCAGGUGAGCUGCCUGUGCUGUCUGCUUUGUCGGCUCCCCGGCACAUCCAUCUUUCUGUGCCUCGUGCUCACUUUGGGAAGAUUGGAGCGUUUCCCUCCAAUGCUGCAGACUCCAGAAGACUCAGUACCUCACCCAUCAACGUGUCCAACCUGUCUUAACCCUUAGGGGUUUUGUGAAAUUUUUAUUGCUAUUUCUGAAAUCUAUCAGGUAAAUAUCAAAGAUUUCUAAGGGCUAUUGAAAAUUUAGACUUUAGUUGUUCACUUACCUUGCACAAAAAGUCUUAGAAGUCCUUCUAAAGACUUCUUUUGCUUAUUUUUUGUGGGGAGGGAGGCUACACCCAGUGGUGCUCAGGGGUUAUUCCUGGCUCUGCACUCAGGAAUUAUUCCUGGUGGUGCUUGGGGACCAUAUGGGAUGCUGGGAUUGCACCUGGGCCAGCUGUGUGCAAGACAAACAUUCUGCUCGCUGUACUAUAUAGCACCAGCCCCCUAAAGACCUUUUUUUGAAGUAAAAUUAUAAAGUGGUUUAAGAAAUAAAUAUCUGACCUCAGAAAACAUUUCACCUAGUGUGUUUUAAAACAUCUGUCAAUGUAAUGUGACUUUAUUUUACUACACAUAGGACAUUGUGUUGUGCGAUUUGGGAUUUUGUCGUCCCCCCCUUUUUGGAGGCAGUGACAGGAUUUGCAUGCUUCGCUGUGGUGCUCCCGAGGAGUUACAUACUUAAGUUGUGCUUCACAUGCUUGGUUGUGGUGUGCUGCACAUCCCACACUUAGUUGUGGCUCCAGAAACCCCAGGUGGCAGUGCUCAGCGUGUGGGGUGGUGCUGGGGAGAAAACAUGGCGGGUACUCUAUCAUUGACUAACCCCCAGUCCCCAUCAUGUUUUUAUCAUGAAAUAUGUGAUCUUUUAGUACAUGGGCCAGGGCUGUAGCUCAGUGAUCGAGUACAUAUCUUUCAUGUGGAAGGUUUCAGUUCAAUCCCCAGCACCACAGAAAAUUAAAGAAGUAGCACUUAUCAAAACAAAACUUGCUACUAAAUGUGCAUAUAAGUACAAGAUAAAAGAUUCUGUGGGGUCCGAGGGUGCUUAGUGGGCUGGAGCCCCUGCUUUGCCUGUAGGAGGCCACGGGCCCCCAAGCAGUCAGGCGGAGCCUCACAUAAAAAGUCGUAAAGAAGACCAGUAUUUUGCAUGUUCAUGAUUCAGUGGUGCCAUCCUGUGAAGGACUGUAGUGAAGUCAUACCAUGCAGAUGGUUUGUGGACAUCAUAAUCUCAUCAGCCCCAGCAGUGCAGGCAGUUCAGCCCUCAUCCCUUUGGUGAGUCGGGCUCACUGCAGCGGCCAGAACUGACCAGAGAGGUCCCUGAGGGUGUGGGAGAGCACUAGCAGUGAAGUGUUUGGUCCCUCAGAGUGCUAGCAGUGACCCCUGAGCAGAGUCAGGGGGAAACCCUAACCACUGCCCAGUGUGGCACAAAAACAGCCCAAAGAGGUCCUGAGCUCAGUCUGAGGGCAGCUACUUUGGGAAGUUCUCACUGGAACUCCUUCCUCUCUGUAAGAGAAAACUUCCACCCAAAACUUUUCCUCGAGGACCUGAGGUCACUUCAAAAUGCACCCGUCCAGAGGGGUCGGGGCCUGGCUCCAGGGAUGUCUCAAUUCAGUUGACACCAGUGCCUCCUGCCAUAAAUCAACAAUUUGAGGAUUCCCAUCACCUAGUGACCUCUUCUGCAGUUAAGCCCAUUGCAAUAGUCUUCCUGAACAAAGCCUCCAUCACCAGUUCAUAGUCUUUUUCCAUCUCUGACCGAUGAUUUUCAGCCUGAUCCCAGCAGUCACUUCUGGAGCCCAGAAUUUGAGUAGAUAGGGGUGCUAGUUUGCAAGCCAACAUUUUGGAAUCAAAUAUCAAAAGUAAAAUCUUCGUCUAUCCAAUUGGAAGGUUGUAAUUACAUACAAAAGCAAAAUACGAGAACAGGAAAAGAAUGUAUUUCUACAGAGAUGGCCCCCCACUUGGGACAGCAGAGGAUGCUUGUUUCUGGACAUGGGUAGGCAAGCUGUCUAGACAGUGAGAUUUUUGGAUACAAUUUCACAAAGAACAGCCAGCAAGAUGAUUGUGUCUUUUGUUUAUUGCAGGAAGUUAUCAUGCACAGAAAAAGUGUUAUGAGGCAGGGGACAUUUAUGACAUCACACAAACGUCUAGCAUUUCUGUUAUCUUGGAAUUUGGAAAUGCAUGCAGCUGGAAGAGAAACAAUGUUUUGGAACUAAUACCCAACUGUUCACCAAAAGAAAAAUGUUGACUUGCGUAAGCUGCUGAAAACAUGUUACACAAAUGCACAAAUAAGAAACACCACUACCUAAUUCCAGAGCUUGAACAAGUAGUUCAAGCUCUUGUUUGAACUACUUGUUCAAACAAGUAGUUUGAACAAGUACCACUACAAGUAGUGGUAGCUCUGUUGGAAAUCCCCAAAGCUAGAUGCACAUUCAAAGCUGCAUUGUUAACAGGGUCACGGCCUCCGGAGUGCGUUAUUAGUACAUCCAAAGAUUUACUCCUAAUUGUUCAUAAUGGUUUCAGAGAUACUUUUCUGAAAUGUUUUGUUAAACUGGACCAAGAUCUCCCCAGAGAAAUGACACGAAGACAAGUUGUGAUGCAGUAAGCAAAGGGCCUUUAUUGGCUAGCUCAUCCAGCUCACCAACACCGUGGCAGCCUUCUCGGAACAAGCGGCCCCAAGUCUCAAAAGUGAGGGGCUUUAUACCAUAGCUUUAUGUAACAGGACUUUCCACGGACCACUCUUUUGGCCACAGUCUGAGGCCACUACUUGUACUUAGCUGACGGUUGUAAGUUGGAGUUACAUAAGGGUUGCAUAAGAGUUAUAUAAGGGUUAUAAUAGGGGGUGCAUCUGAUUGGUACCCCUUAGUUGACCUCACCAUGACUAUGUCAUUUAGAGAAAAUCAUGAUUCAAUUCCAGGUAUCUGUACUCAGUUCCAGAAAUUCUGGAACCAAAACCUAGACCUAGCUUCAGGCUUCUUUAUGAGCCUGUCAUGGCAUGCCUUUGCUUCUCUAUCUCUCAAUUUGCUGUUACAAAAGUUUCUCGAAAUCUAUUUAUCUUCCUGUUUAUUUGGAAAACAAUUAUAUUAAAAGAAAAAUUAAAACUAGUGCACUUUUCAUUGUCUUUUAUUAUGUCAAAGGAAAAGGUAUUUCUGAUGUGUUCAAUUAACUUACCUAGUCAUUAUCAGUCAUCUUCAAACAAGCAUAAAGAAAAAGUGAAAAAAAAACACCUAGUUUGAUGAAUUUCAUUUAAACUGAUAAUUCUUUGCUAGCAGCUGGGUCACAGUCACUGUCACUGUCAUCCCAUCCCGUUGUUCAUCGAUUUGCUCGAGUGGGCACCAGUAAUGUCUCCAUUGUGAGACUUGUUACUGUUUUUGGCAUAUCAAAUAUGCCACGGGUAGCUUGCCAGGCUCUGCCAUGCAGGCGAGAUACUUUCGGUAGCUUGCCUGGCUCUCCAAGAGGGGUGGAAGAAUCGAAUCAUGGUCAGCGGAGUGCAAGGCAAACACUCUACCCACUGUGCUAUUGCUCCAGCUAGGCAGCUGGGUUACGACUUGAAUAGAGCAGCAGAGUGCAGUCUUACUUAACUGUAAAUGGGGUUUAUGUAGACAUUACCCCAAAGAAUCAAUUACAUCUGAGUACUUUUUGCUUUAUUACUUACAAUAACCUCCCCAUAGAGACAAAACAAGCAAAUAGUAUCGAACAUUGACUAAUCUUGGCUAAUAAAGCUCAGAUUAUGGAGAGGUGGUAAGGGGACUGGCAGGCAUCAGGUGACACAGGGACAAGUGUCAUCCCUCCAGAGUUUGUUAUUAGUACAUCCAGUUGUUACACCUAAUUGUUCAUAAUGGUUGGGAUGAGGGCUCUUGGCAGUGAGACACAGUGAGUAUACAUCAGAAUCACGACAGUAUUCAAGCUACCAUAGCCAUUUGACCUAAACUAGAACUUGAAAUUUUAAAAAGCUCAACUUGCCAUGGUCCUGUUGGCUGACCUCCCCAGGGCCAUUUCGAACUGGGCCCCUGGCCUGACACUCAGUCGAGCCCCUGCAGAGACCUUCCUAGUCAGCAUAGCCCCGGCCUGAUGGGCCCAGAUUAGAGGCCCCUGGAGCCUGGGAGGCAUGAAAAGGCGGCUCUGGCUGACACACACAAGAGGCCCAUUUGCUGAAUUGACCUGAACGAGGGGCUCUGUACCCCAAUGUUCUGCUCUGCGGCUUUGCUGCUGAGGGCUGGGAGAGCUCAGUACAACCAGAAUACUGAGCACAGAGAGAAAGCACCAGUCUCCUUAGUUUCCACCCUUGCGCAGCUGCUUCCACGAGUAUUUAGAUGUGCCUGCCAUGGGAAAUCUAACAGCACCUCAGUACUAACAAAACUACCAGCACUGGGGGCCAGAGGGAAGUUCAGCUGGAAGCGCACUUACCUUCACAUAGCUAGCCGGGCUCAGUCCUCGGCACUCCACAUGGUCCCUCGGGCCUGCCAGGAGUGAUUCCAGAGCACCACUGGGUAUGGCCCCCAAACAAACCAAAACCACCAUCAUCUUUUUGCUUUAUUCUUUAUUUAGUGCCUAUGUAGGAGGCACGAUGUUCACGCCAGAAAGAAUAUGCAUAUAAACAAGGCAUAGUUCACAGUCUAGUGUGGAAAUCUAGGCACGUACACAGUGACUAUCGUACAAGGCAGAGAGAGUGAGCAAUGCCACAGGGUUGGUACAACUGUAAAACCCAGAGGAAGAAAUUGCAUUCUAGGGUGUGCAUAAGAGAUUCAAAAAGGUCCCUUGGAAAUGGAGGGUUGACAAUGACAGGUCAACGUAGGAGAAUAUUGAAGUAACCCAGGAAGCCCACUGGUCACCUGCUGGUAGUGAACUGGGCAGUGUAAGCCUUGCUGGAAUCUGGUAAACUGCGGAACUAAGCAGUGGGGUGGGGGUGGCGGGAGCCAGAGGCAGGCAGGGCUCAGUGGGGCGCUUAUGUCAGCUAACUUCAGGGGGGUUGUUGUUUUGAAAGGUGAUCUGAUCCAAGUUCUACUUUAUACAGUUUAGCCUGGUGGAAAUGGUGACUUUCCACAAGAAGAGAUUAAGGGAAAGGAGACCAAUUUAGAAGGAAGAGAAGCUGAACUAGACUAGCAGGUGGUGACAGAGAUUGCAGAAGUACCGGGGAGAAGGGAACAGGAUUUUGAUGUGGCAGUGACUCACAGUGGCACUUAGGGGAGGUAAGAAGAGUGAAGACACGAUGGUUCCACGCCUACAACAGAAUGGUCCUCUCCAAGGGCCAGGAAGGCCUGAGGACGACGGGAAGUGGACAGGAGAGGGGAGCUGGAGGCUGCACACACGGGGCCAGGGCCGAGAGACCGGAAGGGCAGCCAUGCAGUAUCGGCAGCUGAAGCCAGGGAGUCACUCAGGCGAGGGUGGGAGUGUCAGGGUUUCCUAAAACGGGGGAUUCUCACAGGAAAUUUACAGAUGCAGCACGUGAAAAGUGCUGCUGCUCUUUCUGCCUUCUAUCUUCCUUCCAAGAAACCUCUUUCA